UACGCCCGUGUGCCGCACGGGAUGGCGCAAUUUGUUCUAAAAAUAGAAAAAUUGCCUCAUAUCAUAGGUACAGUUCCAAUACUAGAAAUGGCGCACGCUUACGGUCUCCGUCUCCGAUUAUGGCUCCUGUUAUUAUCUAAAACUAUAAGGCAGUGACAUAACAUAACUCCAUUUAUUUCAGAGCCUCCUCUAUACAUCACUAAAGGCUGCUUACAUCGCUUACAUGAAGUAUCAUAUCUCCUUAAGCCUUUUGUCUGUUGCAAAUGACCUCUACUUGGUGUCCCGGAUUCAGAAUAGUGAUGCCGCUGGCCAAUGCAAGUCUCAAGUGUCAAUUUUCGGGAAAGCCCUUAAACGUCACACGAUUGACAAGUUCAAGGUAAACAUCCCGGAUGUUUGUAUCAAAACAUGUGUGAAUGAGCCAAGAUGUCAGAGCAUCAACUAUGAGAUGGAAGAGCGUAUCUGCGAGCUUAAUAACCGAAGUAAGGAAGCAAGACCUGAAGAUUAUGAGACAGACCCCGGUCGUAUUUAUUUGACCGUUUCCCUUAAUAAAGCCGUCGGGUCCAGUCCCAAGGUACCAGCUAUGUCGUGUUUGGAAAUCAAGGCGAGUGAAGGGCAAGAAGCAGUCUACGGUUAUUACUGGUUGGAUCGUGAUAACACUGGUGAAGCCAUUCAGACAUAUUGCUAUAUUGGGAAAGGUUAGUUGGGUGUCUCAGUGAGAUGGUUCUCAGUUUUUGUGGUUAUUGUGGUUAAUGAUGGAUGAUACUCCCCAUGUAGGCCAAGGGUUGCAUGUAUGAGGUUCUGCCGGCUUAACGUUUUAUCUCAUUUCGGACAAAUUUCGGACAACAAUUUAGGACACUUUGCUGAAACAUCGCUAAGGUAAAUUUACACCUACAAAACGCGAAACAGCAUAUCAAUCAAAACUCCCAACAGUAUCAGUUUGAGAUGAGUUCUCUAAUGGUGCAUAAAUAAGGUGGGCAAAGCAAAAACUGACAAUUCUCAAACUUUGUGUAGAAGAUUACGCGGUUCACGCGGAUAAUGGUUUCACGCACGUUGUGUAGAAUGAGAAUGGAUAUAUCGAUGUUUGGCCGUUGUACUCCUAUUAAGACCCUCUCGGUCCCUAGCUUAUCUGACAUGUAAAUCGUGAAGUAGCACGAAUUCUUCAGCGUUAAUCAAGCUGGAAGCGUGAGCCAGGAGAACAGUGUCAGGAAACUUUGCCACGGUUUUCAAAACUUUUCGUUGGAUUAAAACACGAUAAACAUCAAUGGCCGUGGUCCACGUUCUCGCUCGUAAAAUUCGUGAUCUCAAUUUUGGCGGGAACUCCAACACAACGUAGCCCUGCUAGAUCCAGACUUCUCACGUUGCCGUUGCCGUCGCCGUUGUCUGACCGUAAGGUCUCUAAUAUUCGCGUAAAGCCUCUUGGGCUGUCCACAUGAGUAAUUGGCGCGUCACAUGAUGUACUAUGUCUAGAUCCCCUGGAAUGAAAAACCAAAACGGGGAAUUAACUCUCCAACCCUUCAUCCUGUCUUUUUUAAACUAACAUUUCACCUCUUUACAUUACGGUUGACAGAAAACUCACGAAAAUGUUUAAAAAAAAUUAAAAAUGAAUCCCCGUUGCUGUAGAAUACUGGGGUGCAAAAAAAUAAAGUUAAUACCGCAAGAACAGAAAAAAACUACCAUUGCAAUUUGUGGAAGUAACAUAGGAAAAUUUGCCCGUUUGGUCUUUCAUAAACACGACAGCCAUAGCUCACUCACAUACUAGGUGACGAAACUCAAGAACCAAAAAGAAAUAGUUUAAACGGAGACUUUCGUACAUUUUUUUUCCUCAUUGUGUUUCUUACCUUGGGAAUUAUA